AUGGAGCCCAAGCCAGACCAAAGCCCUGACCCCUCUGCCCCAGGCGAUGAGAAACCCAAAGAUUUCGGUGUCGAGCCCUUGUGUUACAGUGAGCCCGCGACCGUGAACAGGCUUCUAGACACCCAAGUCUCUUCGAAAACCCUCGAAGAGGUCAUCCAAGAAGCAAAGCAGAAAUCCUCCAGCAUCUUCGCCAACUAUGAUACUCUGAAUGCCAUCCUGCAACGACAUGAGAGCAUCAUCCAAAGCCGCUGGGCCAAGAAGAAGCCGGCCCAGAGGGCUGCGAUUCUCGACAAGGCUUGGCCUGAUAUGGCCGAAGUUCACCGGCCAGACCUCAUCGCGUUCUACAAUAAGAAAAGGCCCUCGAAGGCAGCACAAGUCAAGGUUCACGUCGAUGGCUACAAAUGGCCACACAUCAACAAGGAAGAUUUGACCAAGCCAAGGCCACUGCUCCUGCUGCUAAAUGCUCGUGGUAGACACGAGCCAACCGAGUUCGCCGCCGCUGAUUUCGAAGCCAUGCAUCUGGGGCUGGCCACCCAACAGAUGAUGCCCAUCUUCCUCAACGAACAUGUCAUGAUCCUACACAAAAUUCCAGACCGAGAGAAGUACGGUACACUUCUUCCGUGGAAUGAACACAAAGACACGUUUGAAUGGAUGAGAACCAGAACCCAAUGUUUACCAGGAGAAGGCCUUUUGAUCCUUGAAGCCCAAGAGAGGCUAAUGGAAUUCCUCGUCAAGGUUUGCAAGCUCAUUCUUCACGAUAUUUCUGCUGAAGCGCUGGUUGGCGGAGACUCGGAUAUCCAGCCAGAGCCCCGUCUUAAGAAGAAUGCAGAAAUAGAUGGAUUCGAGUCACUCACUGCGAUGGCUGCUGAACGGCCAUAUCGCCUGCCCGCCGAAAUCAAUUUUGACCAGAUAGAGGCGCUUCUUGGAGCUGCCGAGUCCGCCGCAGAAGAUCAUUUCUGGUCCAUGCGGGUCGAUCCGGGUUACUUUGCUAUGAACAUUCGUGAUGCCAAGGAACACCGCAAGGAAAUCCUCAAGGAUAUAAUGGGUCAAACACACCCAACCCUCAAAGGGGCCCGCCAAGAUGUGUUCCUCUCUCGUCUGGUCGGAUUUAUCAUCACCAGUGCCAUCGAACAACUGGAAAUCUUUACCUGGCUUCGGAUGCAGGCUCAAACACUACGGUCGCUACACAAGAAAUACGAAAGCACGCUCUCUUCAGAUGAAGAUCUACCCGAUGACUUCCUCUCUGCCAUCUUGAGAUUCAGGCACUAUCUCGGGCAGGCAUCCAAGGGAUUGGGCGGCCUGUUACAGACGGCUUUUCCAUCAUCCCCCUAUGCUCGUAAAUACUUUGUUCGAAUGCCGCAGGGCAAUGAGAGUACCUCCAAAGACCAGGUCAUUUUGAAGCCCGAUGCACGCAUGAGCACUGUUGAGGGAGAUGUUACCUUUCUUCUCCAGACAAUCUGGAGCAAGGACAUGAAUCAAGAGCUUUCCUUGGUUGGCCUUCCCACCGUCAUGGACGAGCUCGAUCGCCUGAUUCAGUCCAACGCCGAAGCGAAGCACUUCAUCUCUCCAACAGUUUCAGGACUGCUUGGUGAUUUGUCCAUCAUCUGUCAAUGUCAUGACCAGAUAGACCAUUUCUUGCCUUGGGCAAGGGGCUUCGAGCUCAAGCAUUUCGAACAGCAGAGAGGGAUCAUGGCGGAAUUCACCAAGACUGUAGGCCCUCUGCAGGCUGUGGGGCGGAGCCUUGAUGAAAAGAAAAUCAUGCACGCGGCGAAAUUGUGCGAUCCGUCGGAGAGGAAGUUGGCGUAUCCAACCUCUGGUCGGCGAACCAAGGAAACUACCGAGACGAUGCGACGGGCAGAGGAGACUCUUGAAUUUUUCUGGGCCCAGAUUGAUAAGCUCAUCCAGAAAGAAUGUUCAGAGCUGGAGAGCCUUGCGUUUUGGAAUAUGCUCUCGCAGCCCCGUCCCAUCCAGAGGACCCCAGAAUGGGUUGACCCAAAGUCUACGCGGGCCGAAGCCUCGCAGGUGAACACUGUCGAUGCCACUGACAUGAUUUACAGACCAUUGUCUAAUAUCUUUCUUGGCCACCAAGACCAAGGACAGUACAAACAUUCGAGAGGGAAGGCCAAGCCUAAGAAAAAGGUCAAGACAAAAGGGCAGCCAACUGAGCAACAAGCCUCUGACGACACCGACACUCAAGAGGCAGCCCCCCAAGUGGUUGAUCUACCCCCAAUCCCCGUCGACGCACGCUCCCUGAAAGUUUUCAGAACGAUGUUCUACAAUCCCGCAGUCACAUCAACACCUGGAGUGAUGAUAUGGAAAGACUUCCUCCACGCUAUGACCUCUACCGGUUUGUUCUCAGUUGAGAAGCGAGGGGGGUCGUCAUGGCAGUUUCACCGGGUCGACGACGACCUCAAGAGGGUGCAAUUCCAUGAACCUCACCCAGAUCCAAAGUUACCAUUCGAGACGGCGCGACACUGGGGAAGGCUCCUGUAUCGGGCGUACGGCUGGGAGGGGAAGAUGUUUGUGCUGAAGGAGAAGAAGGGGAACAAGCCAUCGGAAGCUUUGGUCGCUGCCGAAGCAUCUUGA